AUGACCCCCGGGGACCAGCACUGCGGGCUGCCCGGGCUUCCGCGGCUCCUUCCAACUGUGCCAGACCCCGUCGGGCGGCUCUGCCUCGGGGGGGCUCCCCGCCGGCAGGGCCGGACCCUGCUGGGCGCUGCGGCCCGGGGCCCGUCCCGCGGGGCCCGUGUCCCGCCAGGCUGCCCGCACCGGCCCAGCGAGCCCCGCACGCCCUCACCGCUCUCCGGGACCCUCAGCACCGCCCCCGCCCGCCCUGACCCGCCACCCCCGCCCGCUCCUCAGAGCGCUCCUGGGUCCCCCAACACCUCGGGCGGCUCUUUCCCCCCGCCCUACGGAGCGGCCGCCCCCGCCACCAGGGGACGCCCCAACCGGGCAGGGGACGGGGCGCCAACCCCCCCCCCCGGGCAACGGGGGCUUUGUACGGCAUCCCAUUCAAACCACGCCGUAACCUUCCGCCGCGGGGGGGGGGAGAGGAGGGGGGGGGAGGAAGGGGGGAAAGUAGUCCCUAGCCACCGUUCUCCCCGGGCUGACUUCACAAUGGGGCGGUGGGUACCGCCGCCACCCCCUCGGCGGGCCGGGCAGCGCCGCUCUGGCGGGGGAGCGCCAACUCCCCCUCUCCAGCCCCCGGAGGAGAGGGCUGGCUGGGCGGAGAGAUCGCGGCGCCCGCAGCCGCACGGCCCUGCGAUCCGCCUCCCCCUCACGCAGCGAACGGAAGCGCCGGGCCGCCGCGAUGGACAGGAGCCGCCGCCCAAUGGGCAGGCGGGCUGGCCUCCCAAAAUGUAG